AUGGCUCUCAAAUUAAAAUUGAAGAUGCCAUCAUCUAGUGCAUCAAACUCUCCCCAGCCACCACCACCAGAGUCACAUUCACCGGAACAACCAAAACUACCAAAACUCAAAAUCAAAGCGCCAUCCAAGACACCAGUUUCAUCGACGCCAGACUCUUCUAUGGCCUUAAAACGACCCCAAGAAGAACAGUCGACAGGUGAAAACCCCAAAAAACUUAAACUAAGUUUAUCCAAAACCAAAGAGAAUGGACGUCCCAAAGGUUUGCCACGAGUUAGAAUUAAACCUACCCGAAUUCCUGGCGAGGGAUACGAUUCUGAGGCACCUGAUUUAGAAGACGAUCCUUUGAUUGAACAAGGUAUAAUAAUACGUUUUUUAAAUGACUCGAAUCUUGAUUUCGUACAUAAUGCAGUGGAUUCCGGUGACUUGACAGGGUUAAAUGUGAAAUGGGUCACCAAAGAGAAAGCUAUAGUUAAUGUCAACAGUAUACUUUAUUCAGCAAGAUUAAUUGAUUUACCUACUGUAACUGAAAUAUUCAAAACAGUUGAUAGAAAGAAUGUUUUCAAGACAUUAGAUAUCUGUCAGAUUUUGUUAGUUUUACAUGUUGUUGAUCCGGCUAAACUAAAUAUAGAUACCGAUUUUGAAGUUCCCCAAGAAUUUCUUUUUAAUCAUCCAUUUUAUAAAUAUGUGAAGAAUAAUGAAAUUAAAAAGAAACGAAUGGUGCUCAAAGAUGGAUUAUUACAGCCAUUUCAGGAUGUGUAUCGACGAUUCCGUCCAACCAAAGUGGACCAUAGAGUGAUUUUGGACAUAGAAUCAAAAGUCGAUGAAUUGAUCAAACUUGAUAAUGAAGCAGAUGAGAGUCAUUUUGAAUUAUUGGAUAGUAAAACAGCACAACAAUCACGAUUUGGUACCAGUGCCACGCCAUCAGCUGUCAAUUCCCCUGUAGCAAUGAGGAUGGAAGGGCCAGAAGUUGAACCUGGAAGGUUUAGCAAUGUACAAGAUCAUGAAAAUGAAGAAGAUGAUGAAGAAGAAGACGAAGAAGAUUACGACGAUGAUGAUCUUCAAGAUGAUGAUAUGGAACUUCAUUUGGAACAAGAAUUGGAAAAAGUUUUGGAUGGAGAGUUGUCUGAAAGUGAAGUCACAAUCCCAACACUGAUGGCAGGUAUAUUAACAAAUGAUGUCGGUAAUGGAAUAUCUAUAAUGACUAAUGGAGAACAGUCAGAGGAUAUCGAUGGAGACGAACAGGAUGAUGAAGAAGAGGAAGAGGAAGAAGAGGAAGACGGUGAUGACGAAGAAGAAGAGGAGGAGGAGGAAGAAGAAGAAAAUGAAGAAGGAGAUAGUGAAUCUGGAAAACAACAUGUUAAACUAUUAGAAGAAGAAAUAUUUGAACUUGAGAAAGCGGUUGCCCAUCAUCAAAAGAAUUUAUCUACAGCAUCGAGUAAAAUGUUACGAAUGAAGUUCCAAAAUACCUACACGUCAUUGAAAGCCUCUUUGGAUCUGAAAAAACGUGAUUUGGCCAAAUUAUUAGAUGAACAAGAACAACAGCAAGAACAGAAACAACCGAAAACUACAGUAGAUGAGAAAUCACAAGAAGCAGAACAUAGUGUAGAGGCAGAGGCAGAGAUAGAAGCACAGGUAGAAGCAGAUGCAGAAGAUGGAGAUGAAGAUGAAGAUAUUGAUCAAGGUGAUGACAUGAACCAGGAGAAUAAUAAUAAUGGUGAUCUGGAUAUUGAUGAAGACAAUGCUGAUGAUCUUGAUGAUUUGUUUUAA